CGUUGCUCGUGGAGCCCCUGAGGCGGCUUCUCCGCCGGAAGAGACGGCGAUGGAGAACGUCACGGAGGGAACCUGGGACUCUCUCCCGGUUCAGCUCAGCCCCGGCGUCCGGAGGGCCUUGCGAGAGAUGGGCUUCCCUCACAUGACCCCCGUGCAGUCUGCAACAAUUCCCUUGUUCAUGGCGAAUAAGGACGUGGCUGCUGAAGCAGUGACUGGCAGCGGCAAAACGUUAGCUUUUGUGAUUCCCAUCAUAGAAAUUCUUCUCCGAAGGGAAGAAAAGCUUAAGAAAAAGCAGGUUGGUGCAAUUGUCAUCACACCCACAAGAGAGCUUGCUAUUCAGAUAGAUGAGGUGAUCUCCCACUUCACAAAACACUUCCCCCAGUUUAGCCAGUGCCUUUUUAUUGGUGGAAAUAAUCCCAUGGAAGAUGUAGAAAGAUUCAAAGAGCAUGGCGGAAACAUCCUCGUAGCCACACCAGGUCGUUUGGAGGAUAUGUUUAGGAGGAAAUCAGAAGGGCUGGAUUUAGCCAGUUCCGUGAGGUCUCUUGAUAUUCUAGUCUUGGAUGAAGCAGAUCGGCUCCUGGACAUGGGCUUUGAAGCAAGUUUGAAUACCAUUCUGGACAUUUUGCCAAAGCAGAGACGGACAGGACUCUUUUCUGCAACUCAGACCCAAGAGGUUGAAAAUCUAGUGAGAGCUGGCCUCCGCAACCCUGUCCGCAUCUCUGUGAAGGAGAAAGACAUGGCAGCAAGCAACACCCAGAAGACCCCCACGCGGCUCCAGAAUUUCUAUAUGAUCUGCAAAGCAGAUGAGAAAUUCAACCAGUUAGUUCAUUUCCUUCGUCAGCACAAGCCAGAAAAGCAUCUCGUCUUUUUCAGUACUUGUGCCUGCGUGGAGUAUUAUGGGAAAGCGUUGGAAUCCUUGAUUAGGAAUGUGCAAAUCAUGUGCAUCCAUGGGAAGAUGAAGCACAAACGGAAUAAGAUUUUUAUGGAAUUCAGGAAGCUUUCAAGUGGCAUUCUGGUUUGCACUGACGUAAUGGCCCGGGGCAUCGACAUUCCAGAAGUGAACUGGGUUUUGCAAUACGAUCCUCCUAGCAAUGCAAGUGCUUUUGUGCAUCGCUGUGGCCGCACAGCACGCAUUGGCCACUUGGGCAGUGCACUCGUCUUCCUGCUUCCCAUGGAAGAAGCUUAUAUCAAUUUUCUAGCUAUUAACCAAAAGUGUCCCAUGCAGGAAAUGAAGCUACAGUCGAACGUGAUGGAUGUUCUCCCCAAACUGAAAUCCCUGAGUUUGGCAGACAGAGCCGUAUACGAGAAAGGGAUGAAGGCCUUUGUGUCUUACGUGCAAGCCUACGCCAAACACGAGUGCAAUCUGAUCUUUCGAUUAAAAGACCUGGACUUUUCCAGCUUGGCCCGAGGCUUUGCUUUGCUGAAGAUGCCGCGGAUGCCAGAGCUGAAAGGCAAAUGUUUCUCCGACUUCACGCCUGUGGAUCUGGACACAGACUCGAUCGCGUUCAAAGACAAGCACCGAGAGAAACAGAGGCAGAAGUUUCUCGAGCAGCGAAGGACGGAAGGGCAGGAGCAAGGAAGGAGGAAAAGGUUUGCCAAAAACAAAGCCUGGUCCAAGCAGAAAGCCAAGAAGGAGAAGAAGAAGAAACUGACAGCCAAACGGAAAAGAGAGGAGGGGUCUGAUGUAGAAGAUGCUGAUAUGGAGGAACUGCUGAAUGACACGCGGCUCCUCAAAAAGCUGAAGAAGGGCAAAAUCAGUGAGGAAGAGUUUGAGAAGAAGCUGCUGCGUAGCACCAAGGAAGCUCAGGCAGACACAAUGGGCGACUCGGGCUCCGAAGGAUGAAGCAUAAACCGUGAGAGCUUGUUCUUUGGAUAGCAAUAAAACAGACUUUUCUAUGUAACAAA